UAAAUUUAAUAAAACAUUACAAACUAAUCAAUUUUACUACUUUGGUAGUUCUAUAGUUUUGAAAAUUUAAUCAGUCCAGUAAUGUUUAUAUUUUACGUUUGCGUUUGCGUAUCGUGUUUUCAAGUCAAACGCAGUACGUUCAAAAGUUCCGCUCACAGACGCGAAGACUACAGAAAGUACAUCUUGGGGAGGGGAAUCGGAACAUCCGAAGCAGCAUAGCAGACGAUACGAUUAAUCGUGACGAGUUGAGACAAGUUGAGAGAGAGAGGAGACGAAUCUCUACUAAUUGUUCGUCGCCGAGGAUCUCCGAGAAUCGGAGAAACCUUCCUCGGCGAGUUCACCUGCCAUCGAUUAUUCGUGAUUGAACUCCAGAGAAUCCGAUUCGUCGCAAGACAAAGCGAGGUGUCAGUCGAUCCGCACUCCGCAGUACUUCGGCAUUGCGCAUUCGUUUAGAAUCGUCACGCACGUUGACAUUUUGAUUUGAUUCUCCGCUAUCGGGGACUCCGCCGCAGUCUUCAGGAACUCGGACAAACCGAACGCCAGGAACAUGGUGAUCCGGCCGUGAUUUUGCCCUUUCGCUCGCUAUUUAUAGAGCUGGCAGGUUAUUUCUAAAAUCAAUCGCACAGAUGAGACGCGAGAUGAGCGGUGCCGGAAUGAUACAGUUACGAUAAGUAACGCGGGAAUUAACGCAAAUUAACGUUACAACAUACACAACGUUACUGUUACUUUCCAACAAGAGACAAUACAACAUAGUAUCAUUUCACCUUUGUUUAACAUUGGCAGACAACAAAGAUGUUAUGAUCAUUCAUUGUGUUAUAUCGUGUCUUCUGUCUUUUGUUGGAAAACAUCUCAUGUGUAACAUGAUUUAUAAUAAUUGCUUCUUGGAGGUACUUCCGAGACAAGAGCGAGAUGUUCCGGAGUGUUGUUUUUCUCGAUUCGCACGCUGCAGAUCCCACGGUCUUGUCGAGCAAUUCAUGCGAUAAAUCAUUGGCGGGAUGUCAUGGCUUGCGGAGUGAUGGAUCAUUGAAUGGAGAUGCAAGAUUGGAGAGCAACAUGAAUCUGUAUCGCACAACUAUCUGACUGGGAUCUACUCUUCGAGUUAUCGUGUCUUCGUAACUUCACGCACAAAUGUCAGGAUGCUAAGCGGUGCUGUCAAUAUGGAACUGAAUAAUGUUGUGAGCAACAAAAGUUCCGUAUACCUUGCACUGUCGUUUCGUAGGCUGUGCCUGGCAACAGUUGGCUUACCACUUGUGUCGCUGUUGUUCUGCUUCAUCACAGCAUAUAUAUUUCAACAGGACGAUAUUCACGAAACUCAUUGUAGAGUCUAUAAUAUUCUUCCAUCGAUCUCAGCCAUUACUGGAGUAUCUCCACAGAGAUAUUUAUGGCGUAUCAGUAUAGCAUUACAUAUUGGUCCUAGACUGGUUAUCGCCAGUGUUUAUCAUUCAUAUUAUUACAAGAUACUUAAGAACAUUGAAGAUGUGCCUCUACAAAUUACAGGGAGCAGGCUCCUAAAUCUAUGCUACUGGUUAAACAUUGCCGAGAUAGCAGCUUUGUCUGGUGUAACAUAUAUUUCUAACAGAGAAAAUUAUUCGGUGCACGAAAAAAUUUUCAUAGUGUUCAUGAUUAGCUCGCUCACAUACAUGUUGACUGCUGUGAGAUUGGGUCGUUUAAUAACUCCAAAUGCACAAAGUCUUCAGUACAAACAAGUGCUUUUUAUGACAAGUCUCGUCAGUACAAUCUUUCUUAUUAUUUUCUUCUUAAAACAUCGACUGCUGUGUCACGAUUUGGCAUUUAGUUGGUUUUCACUAUGUGAGUACGUGAUAGCUUUUGCAAAUAUGGGCUUUCACAUCACUGUGGUUUCGGACUUUCCAGAAGAACAACUGAUCGUAGGUCACGGUUUACCUGCCGUAAAAAUAGAUUAACCUUAUAGGAUAACUCAUCAUUCUCAUCGUCAUAUUAAAGUACCUAUUGCCUCUGCAUGGAAGUGCUACAAAUUGUUGUUUUUAAGAGAUGAAAGUUUGGCAUACCACGUGAUACAUAAUUUCACGAUUGUCUCAGUUUUAUGAUAUUUACAAUAUUACAUUAUGUUACCCUCUUGAGAUUAAUACAAUUUGCUUCCAGCGAUAUUUAAGAGAUAGAUAUCAUUUUUAUCUUUACUUUUACAUUGUCUCGCGAUAUUAACUACGAUAUUCGACCAAUAAUUCCGAAUGAGAAGACACGUGAAAAGAAUAAAAAAAUAUCUAGCGCUUCCAAAAUGUGGCACCGGUUACUUUUAAAACGAUGAAAUAUGUAACGGCCUUUUAAUAUUGUUUAGUAAUAGAGUACAAUCAUAGUAAAUAAUAGUUAGAAGUAUCCUACAUACAAACAGCAUUUAUUGUUAAGCGCAAAUUAAAUAUUAUUACUCACAUCAUAUGAGAUUACUUGUGAAGACUUUUGAAUCUUCUUUUAUAGAAACUUUUGCAAGGUGAGAAUCUAGUCGAAUAUAUUAAUUCUAGUCGCGAUCUUUAUUCGCUUUAUGAUACUCCUAUUUUAUCUAAUAAAUUGAAA